UAUCUGCUCCCCAGCGGGAAGCACGAGUCGUUCGACAUCUGCGCGUGGACAGGGAGCGUGUCGGCGCAGGGCGCCGCCUUGGCCGAGUUCCACAUGGACCACAAGGGCCGGACCUACUACGAGGUGAGCACCGACCAGGCGAGCAUGCCCGUACGAGUCUCCGUCACCCCGCACGGCAGCCCGCUGCAGGGACACUGCCCCACCGCUAGGUGCAACACCGGAAACCACUGCUUCGAGCACUCCGUCCCCGGCGGCAACUGCCACGGCGUCACCGAGAUCAAGAUCGUCUACUACAACCCAUAG